AAACAUUGGUCGAUUAUUACACUUACUUCGCCAAACUGUGCCAGAGUAUUUUCAGCGGGAAUUUGUUGUUCUUCAUCGAACGAGUGGUAAAGUGAUUGAAUUUAUGCAAAAUACAGUUGUGAAACGUUAUUCUUCAGUGGAUUCUGUCAUGAAACUUAAGACCCUUUAUGAUGAAAUGGCCAAGCAUCAAGUUCCUUUCAUUGAUUCCCUCAAUCACGUCAAUACGGAGGAAGGAUCAACUCCAUUCAUGAUUUUUUCACCAAAGGGCAUGAUGUGUAAACCACGAUCAAAGGAACAACUAAUCAAAGCAUUGUGUUGUGUUUUGACUGCCCUUAAGGCUCUCCACAAAAUGAAAAUCAUGCAUCGUGAUCUCCAUUGGGAUAACGUGUUAAAGUCCAUAGAUCGAGACAGUUGGUUCAUUAUUGAUUUCGAUGACGCGUGCUGUGUUCCUUCAAAUAUUCCUAACACACAAUUAGCUAAAGAAAGUCAUGCACCUGAGAUUUUUGAAUUUCAUCACAAUGAGAGUGUUGAUAUUUGGUCUGUCGGAUAUUUGAUUCGGACGGCCUCUGUUGAGCUUCAAGGAUUGGAUGAAUUGAAAGCUUAUGCAAGAAUGAACUUGAUGGCAAAGGAUAAAUUUAAUAGACCAACAGCCAAAGAUGCUUUGCGGUGGCUUUGGAGCAAAUAUAGAGAUGUUCUCAAAGAUUUUUUGGAAGAGGAGGAAAUGGAAGAAUCAUAA